AUGAAAGAUGCAGAUAUUUUGGACCAGUAUGAAAUGAACAUGGCUGAUGGAAAUAUAACACCUGACGUUCUAGAACAUUUAUCUCAAAGAACUACACAGAACCAUAGAGAUGGUAUAUUUGGUGAAGAGUUUAGAAAGAAAGUUAGGGAGAGAGAAGGAAGAGAACCUAUUGUACAUGACCUUGCAAACGAAAGUUUACAAAAUGUCAUAAAAACUUACUUUGCAGACAAUGAACCGAGAAGGGAUGAAUAUUUAAGAAAACUCAAAUGGACAGUACCAAAUGAAAUGUUAGUAUUGAAAAACAUGUUCCUUGACAAAAUAAAACCAACUACAGAAAUAAAUGACGCAAGACUGAAACAUUGGGUAAAAGCUUUCCCAUUCACAAAAGAUAUUAUUGGUAACAUGGAAAGAAAACCAGAAUGGCUACAAAAACAUAUAUUUGGAAACGAGCUUAUUCCAUAUGGACAAGCUCUGUUUGAAGAGCUUGAACCGGAAACUCAGGAAAGAGUCAUGCAAACAAUACGCGAAGACUCAAAUACAAACUAUGACAAAAUCUUUCUAGGAUAUAGGUUACCUGAGAUGGGCGACCAGAGCCCAAAGGCAAAAAGGACAUGGGAAAUUUACAACAUACUAGGUGAACAUGAGGCAAAGAUGCAACAACUUGAAGCAGAGGGCAAGUUACCAAAAGCGACACCAAAGAAGAAGAGAAGAGUAGAACAAAGUGAAAGUAGUGAAGAAGUAACUUCAUCUAGUGAAAGUAGUGGCAAUGAAGGAAAAAGAAGAGUUAAAAACUCAGUCAGGAAGAAAGUAAAGCUUGGUCCGAGUGGGUUCUAUUAUGA